AUGCUCCCUAUCAGCAUUAUCUCGUUGUUGGCGUUCUAUGUCUGCGCGCUCGAACCGCCUUUCCCUCAGGCCGUUGUACAGGGAAUGGCCCAGCUUAGCUAUCUCCCCUCGUUGAUCAACACAAGCCAAUCAUUUACGGAAAUAAGCCCCGCUGAGCUGGCGGCCUUCCUGACCAGCGCCAGUACCGACACCACCGACCCCAAGAGCGAGCACGUUCCCGAACAUGACAACCGGAACGAUCAAUGGACCUUUCGUCGUUUAAGGCUGAGUAGAGUUACAAGCAGGACACCGUAUAUCUUUCAGACCCUGGCUCCGCUGGCUCUGGGCUUCGUCGAAUGUAGUAUCGUAUUCUCCUACCGCCGCAUCUUCUGCGUGGGUAUGGGAAUCAGCGAUCCCUUCGUUCGAUCUGACGACUAG